UUGCAGAUGUUGAGGUAUUUCCUCACGCAUUUCAUAUUAGCAAUGCUGUAUGUUAAAAAAACAUUAGCCCAAUCAGCAUUAUCACGUGCUUGGGAAGAAACUUUUCCUGGUCAUGUACCAUUUUGGGAGAAGUAUACUACGGGGCCACAUGGUGUUGUCAUUCGUGGUUGGCAGUUCAGUCGAUGUGCAAGCGAACAGUGGACAAAUUAUGUGGUGAAUGUUUCAAAUAUUGUUGUAUGGCCAGAUUACCCACGUUUUCCUGGGCCAAUAUUUUUUAAUGUUACAAUGGAUGUAAGUGAGGAAUUACCUCAGGAUAAGAUCGAGAUGGAUGUCGAGGUAAGGCAUGCAGUAACGAAUAAACAAGGAUCAAAAGGAUGGCAGGUAAUUCCAUGCCAAGGUUGGAAUAUUAUUGAUGGUUGUGAUGGAGUUGGUUCUUGUCGUUAUUGUGAUAUGUUGGACAAAUGUCAUGAAACAGUGAAAGCAGCGGAUAAAUAUGUGACCGAUCGAAAGGCACACGAAUUUAUCCGACAAAAUAAGUUGUGUCCUCCACCAAAAGGACAUUGGACAAUGACAUUCAGCAAAGUGUUCACAACUGAAGAUUUACCCAAAAGUUUCUUCGGGCCAUUGCAAUCGAACGAGUACUGGUUAACUUUUUCAUUCUCGGACGGUAAAGAUAAAAAACUUGGAUGCGCACGUCUGUGGAUUGACGUAUGCAAAUAUCACUUACAGGAUAAGCAGCAGAAAUGCUUACGAGAUCCAAAUGCUUUCAAGAAUUUUAUCAACGAUAUCAGCAGCCAAGUAACGCAGAUCAGACAACGGACCAGUUCAUCCUGAAAAUAAUACGGGAAAAAGAAAUAUUUUUUUAAGGUCAACUACCUGCUGUACCACGUUAUUGGCGCAAAUGUGCAAUUCACCUGGGGUGCGUUUGCUGAGUGUUGUACUACUUUUUGCUAAUAAAUUUCAACAUCUAAAUUUUCGAUUGUACAUCUGUCAAUUGUUAAUAAAAAACUCGGUGAUGAAUUUAUGAAUGCUGACAAUGCAGGUGUCACAUAGUAAAGUGUAAGGAAUACCGAUUAGUUAAUCAAAUCUCUCAUAUUUGGCAAGUCAGAAGUUUUUGCAAUGAUGUAUGGGAAAUAUCAGCAGUGAUACUAUCAGCGUAGAACGUGCAAUGUCAUGGUUUAUUAGUAACAAAAUUAACA